CCCGGCCCCUGUUUCCCCGGCUUCCCGCGCGUAUGCAGAACUGCGGCCCCCGCCCGCCUCACGCAGUCUCCACUUCGCGGCUGCAGGGCCCCUCACCCGCCUCCAGCCCGCGGGGAGCUCGGGCGCCGCGCCGCUUUUAAAGUGAGGCCAGGGGCCCGGGCGGUGACCGGCCGGGAUCUGGCCCUCGCCUCCUCCCUCGGUGGCGCAAGGGCUCGCGGGCCUCUCUUCAGUCCGGACGGAGAAGCGAAAGCGGAUCAUUGUCGGCUGGGCCUCCGCCUUCUCUACGGCUCAGCGCGCCCCUCCCGGCGCGCCCACCUACCCGGCCCGGCCAGGCAGCGGCGGCCGCGCGGCGCGCCCCGCCAGGAUGUUCGCCGCCGGGCUGGCUCCUUUCUACGCCUCCAACUUCAGCCUGUGGUCGGCCGCUUACUGCUCCUCGGCCGGCCCGGGCGGCUGCUCCUUUCCCUUAGACCCCGCGGCGGUCAAGAAACCCUCCUUCUGCAUCGCAGACAUCCUGCACGCCGGCGUGGGGGAACCGGGAGGGGCCCCCGAGGGCCUGGCGGGGGCCUCGGCGGCAGCCCUAACCGCACACUUGGGCUCGGUUCACCCGCACGCCUCUUUCCAAGCUACUGCCAGAUCCCCUCUUCGACCCACUCCGGUGGUGGCGCCCUCCGAAGUCCCGACUGGCUUCCCGCAGCGGCUGUCUCCGCUCUCAGCCGUCUACCACCACCAUCAUCCACAGCAACAACAGCCGCAGCAGCAACAGCCGCAGCAGCAACAGCCACAGCAGCCACAGCCUCCGCCUCCGCCCCGGGCCAGCGCCCUGCAGCCCCCUGGCUCCGGGGCGCGGGUGAUCCCGAACCCUCACCAUAGCGGCUCGGCCCCGGCCCCCUCCAGCAAGGACCUUAAAUUUGGAAUUGACCGCAUUUUGUCUGCAGAAUUUGAUCCCAAAGUCAAGGAAGGCAACACUCUGAGAGAUCUGACCUCCCUGCUGACCGGCGGGCGGCCCGCGGGCAUGCACCUCCCCGGCCUGCAGCCCUCCGCCGGCCAGUUCUUCGCGUCUCUAGAUCCCAUUAAUGAGGCUUCUGCCAUCCUGAGUCCCUUAAGCUCGAACCCGAGAAAUUCAGUUCAGCAUCAGUUUCAAGACACGUUUCCAGGCCCCUACGCCGUGCUCACCAAGGACACCAUGCCGCAGACUUACAAGAGGAAGCGCUCAUGGUCGCGCGCUGUCUUCUCCAACCUGCAGAGGAAAGGCCUGGAGAAAAGAUUUGAGAUUCAGAAGUACGUGACCAAGCCGGACCGAAAGCAGCUGGCGGCGAUGCUGGGCCUCACAGACGCACAGGUGAAGGUGUGGUUCCAGAACCGGCGGAUGAAGUGGCGGCACUCCAAGGAGGCUCAGGCCCAGAAGGACAAAGACAAGGAGGCGGUCGAGAAGCCGUCAAGUGGAGCCCCAACUGCCGACGGCGAGCAGGACGAGCGGAGCCCCAGCCGCUCCGAGGGCGAAGCCGAGAGCGAAAGCAGCGACUCCGAGUCUCUGGACAUGGCCCCCAGUGACACGGAGCGAACUGAGGGAGCUGAGAGGUCUCUGCACCAAACGACCGUCAUCAAGACCUCGGCCACUGGCGCCCUCAUCUCCGCCUGCAGCGGUGGGAACGGUGGAAGUGGCGGCGGCGGCGGCAGUUUUAGUUUCAGCAGCGCCAGUAGCCUUAGCAGCUGCAGCAGCACUAGCGCGAGUACCGCCAGCAACCUCAGCAGCAGCAGCGGCGGCAGCUCGUCGGAACCGUUUUCCGAGCUCCAGCCCACCCUCAGCAGCGCUCCCCAAAGCCCCGAGUCCGCCCAAGCGCCCCUGGGCAGUUUAUAGACUGGGAGAGGGCGGAAGGGGGCCUGGGGCGCGGCGUGUAGCAGUCUAGCCGCUGGCGGGAUUUUUCUGCCCACUUUUGCUGGCGGAGCCUCCUGCUGUACGUUCGUUCACACCUGGUGCCUCCACUGCCCCCGCUGGCCGCAGCCCCAUAACACUUAGAGCGGAGAGAAGUCUCAGUACCGCCAGCUCCAAAAUCCCCCAGCGCCGGUCGAACCACGUCUCCCCAGAAACAAGCAGCUCGCACUGUGAAGUGUUUGAACUGUUCCUCUCCCCACCAGGGGUCGUGGCGCAAAGACGUGUUGCAGUGAGGACGCCUCAAACGUUUGGAUCCUUGGAGUUGAAAGGCAGUUUCCCCAUCCCACAGCAGCUGGGAAAAAGUAAACUUACUUUGUCUUCAUGAUGCUACUGGGAUGGGCCACUGGAAUUUUUUGAAAAGGCUGACAGUCAACCCUCUGUUGGAUCCUCCUUCCC